AAAGUGACAGAGCAGACUCGUUCUGGUCCAUCGUCGUCGGUGCUUGUCCUCCUUUUGCCAUUCACGUUACCAGGCUGAGGAUUCUUGCGUAUACCGGUCUGGCUUGCUGACAACCAGCGAUGCUGAACGAUAUGGGCCGUGACCUGGGCUUGGCCCAACUGCUGGAGCAGCAGAUCCAUCUUUUUGCAGAUGAGAUUGCCCUGGAAGAAGGGGAUCAGCGCGUUACCUUCCGGCAACUACAUCAAACCGCCUUGAGCCUGGUGGUAGAGCUUCACAAGCUCGGGGUGACGAAAGAGCAACCCAUUGGGAUUCUGAUAGCCAGAGGAAUCACCCAUAUCCUGGCCCAGGUGGCCGUCGUAUAUGCUGGCGCGACCUGUGUCCCUCUAGACACUGAUCUCCCGGAUGUCCAUCUCGAAAGACUCUUGCAUCAUCUGGGGACAUCCCUCGUUCUUUCGGACCGCUCCAACACCCAUCGACUGCCUACCCUGCACCACCUGCUCGUUCUCGGCGAGCUCGAGGAUGAUCUCCCCAGCGAGGAGGUCACAGUAUCUGCCAGUUCGUCCUCGACCUGCUCGCACAUUCUGCACACAUCCGGGUCCACCGGCCAGCCCAAGGCCGUGCAGGUGCUGGCAGCGGGACUGAUCAACCUCGUCUUCAACGAGUUCGCGCCUGUCCGUCGCGGCCACCGCGUGGCUCAUGUCUGCAAUGUGGGGUUUGAUGUGUCGCUCUGGGAGAUCUGGUCCGCCCUCCUGCAUGGGGCCACGGUGAUUGUGUUUCGGCGCGAGGAGUUCCUGGACCCGGUCAUCUUCGAGCAACGCUUGCAGGCUGAUCACAUCGACGUGAUGUGGCAGACGACCUCGCUUCUCGCCGCCAUCACCCAUGCUUGUCCGGGGGCCUACUCGCAUGUCGACAGCCUGUUGACCGGCGGAGAAGCCAUCCAUCUCCCCACAAUUCGCACCAUCUUCGCUCACGGGCCGCCCCGGCAGUUGUUCAAUGUCUACGGCCCAACGGAGUUGUCGGUCUUCACGACGUAUCACCUGGUAUCCGAGGCCGACGUCGCCCGCGGAGAGAUCCCCAUUGGGCGACCGCUGAGUGGCUACGAAGCAUUCGUGGUCGACGAAGGUCUGCAGCCGGUGGCCCCGGGCGAGGUUGGGGAGUUGAUCGUAGGGGGAAUCGGCGUAGCCAAGGGGUAUUUCAGGCAGCCUGAGAAGACCGCACAGGUCUUCGUGCCAGCUCCCCACCUCCACGACAAAUGCCAAAGCGCGCCGGGGUUGUUCUACCGAACUGGCGACGUGGUGCGACAGGAUGAGUCCGAGCGAAUGAUGUACCUUGGCCGUCGCGAUAACGAGGUCAAGAUCCGCGGACAGCGAGUCGAUCUGGGGUCGAUUGAGAAAGCCCUCCUGGCCACGCAACUCGUCGUGCGCGCCGUGGCGCUGAGAAUCACCCUGGAUGAGCUGGACGGAGGAUCAGCCUUGCUCGCCUGCGUCAUUCCUUUCUCCCCCAAGAUCUGCCCCGACGCCAUCCGGCAGCGAUAUCUCGACCAGGCGCCGCAUCUGCUGGUGCCGCGCAUCCAGGUGGUCGAGCGAAUCGCCCUCACGGGGAGUGGGAAGGUCGACCGCAAAACGCUCGCCCGGGAGUAUCUCGAGGAGAUGGCCCAAUGGUCGCCGAAAGAGCCUGCAGGCCAGGGGACUGAAACGGUGGAGGACCGACUGCAGGCCCUGUGGCGGGAGUUGCUGGGUCUCCCCAAUGCCCUCUUCCGCGACGAAGAUGAUUUUUUCGCCCUCGGGGGGACCUCCCUCCAUGCAGCUCUUCUGGUGUCUCGCCUGAAACCGCUCUUCGCGCGGGAGAUUCGUGUGGCGGAGCUGUUCGAGCACUCCACGUUCCAGGGGUUGUGUUCUCUGCUGCGCAGACCCACGCCCGCAGCCCUAACCGACCAACACACAUCCGAUCAAGAGGCCUGGCACCAAGACUGCCUCCUGGGACAGGAUCUCCGACCCUCAUCGCGAUCGGUCCCCGACUGGCGAAGCCCGUCCGAAGGCGUGGUCUUCCUGACGGGAGCAACGGGGUUCGUCGGAGCUUUCGUGCUGGCCGGACUGCUCGCCAUCCCUGAAGUGCAGACCGUCGUGUGUCUCGUGCGGGCCUCGGACGCGCUGCACGCCCAUCGACGGAUUGGCAAAGCCCUGCGGAAAUACAGUCUCAUGCUCUCGCCGGCCCAGGAGGCGCGCGUGAUCGCGAUCGCCGGGGAUAUCGCCGAGGAGGGGCUGGGACUCACCCCUCAGCAAUAUGGCUGGCUCUCGCACUGGACGAGCGUGGUGUUUCAUCUGGCGGCACAUGUCAACUUUGUCCAGCCAUACUCCAGCCAUCGGGCGGCGAAUGUGCUGGGGACGUGGCAUAUCCUCCGGUUUGCGAAUGCCGGGCGCACCAAGGCGCUGCACUACACCUCGAGCAUCAGCGCCUACGGACCGACGGGGCUGGUCAAUGGCCACACCCACCUGGCAGAGGAGGAGCAGCCAGCCGCUCAUCGUUCCGCGCUGCGCUAUGCCAUGGGGUAUGCGCAGAGCCAGAUGGUCGCCGAGGCAAUUGCCUGGAAUGCCAUCGCCCAAGGGCUGCCCGUGACGAUCUUUCGACUGGGCUUCGUGCUGGGACAUAGUCAGACGGGGACGAUGAACCCAGACGACUUCCUGGCCCGCGUCAUCGUCGCCAGUCUGCAAUCCGGCUGUUACCCCUUGCUUCCGGGCCAUCGCGAGGAUCUGGUCCCCGUCGACUGGGUGGUGGCCUCGCUGUUGCAUUGUGCCUCGAAAGUGGAAAACACCCGGCAAGCCUACAAUGUCGUGCAUCCAGUGCCGGGCUCAGGCGUCAAGCUGUCGACUAUCUUCAGUCUCCUGAGCCAGCUGCGCGGCCAGACGCCCCUCCGUGCGGUUCCAUACUCCGAGUGGAUCGAGAUGCUGUCUCAGCUGCCGGAGAGUCCUGUGCGAUCACUGCUGCCCUUGCUGGAGGAAAAGGUCUGGAACGGAUGCAGCCUGUGGGAGUUGCAGCAGGGGAUGCCAGAGUUUGGCACGGAUAAUCUGUGCAGGGCGCUGGCUGAUGCCCCCGAGCUGUUGCAUUGCCCGUCGCCUCUGUCUUUGGUAGUGCGUUACAGUUCUCACUGGCUAAAGGGGGAGCAGAUGCAUGAGACUUGA